AUGGCAUUCUACAAAUCCCCAUUCAAAGCAACCGUCGUCAAUGGCAGGAUCGAGGGCGCGGGACGAUACACCUUCCCGGAUGGGAACGUCUAUAUCGGCGACUUCAAGGACGGACAAUUUCACGGCCACGGCACCAUUCACUUCAAACACGGUGGUCUCUAUGAUGCAGAGUGGGAGAAUGGCGUCGCCGUCCAGGGCACAUACACUUUCAAAGAUGGUCUCGAAUAUGAGCCCGAGGACUGGGACUACUGCACCGACAAGGAUCGCCGGUUCUUCUCGGAGCGUGUGAAUGGGUUUCCGCCAGGAGAUACACAGUUGACAAACGAUGCGAACCGAGCACCGUCGAUCCCAAAGGGAACGUUUGAUAUCGGAGACGGCUAUUACAGCGAAGCGACUGGCCGCAUUCAUACCUACGAUGGACAGCCUUCGCGGCAGCCAUCGGAUGAAGAGCGAGAGUGGAUUGUUAGGCAUUGUCGCAUUGGAGAUGGCGCUGCCACGAGCCAGCCGUCUCCAUGAGAUCGACCUUGGCCGCUACACAGUUUUAUCGGUUGUUCUCGCGAUCCGGGGCACGCACAAUAUCGCAGCGCCCGCAUUGUUGUAGGAUCGGAUCGCCUUUGGUCUGUGCUCUUGAGCGCCGGUCGUAGAUUGGAUGUGUG